AUGGGAGACGAAGGCCUCCAUGGCAGAGAAGAGAGCCUUGAUAAUGCCUGUUUCGAGAAUGAGAUUGUCGCUUCUAUCGUUCUGGGUGAGGAGGUUAAUUUCGUCGAGAACCUUCUUGAAAAGGCCAAGGGUGAGAGAGCCGUUCUCCUCGGUGAGUUCCUUGGCCCUGCGCUUGAGUUCCUGCUGCUUCGGCGGAUUCGGCGGUCAAGCCAACAACCAAGCAGGGGGCUCUUCGGCAACGCUCCCAAGCCCAACAACACUCCCGGCCUCUUCGGCGCCGGCAACCAGCAACCCAAUGCGGGACUCUUCGGAGGACAGCAGCAACAGAACGCCGGCGGCAUCUUCGGAGGACAACAGCAACAGCCAAACGGCUUCAUGCAGCAGCCCACCCAACAACCUGGCCUCUUCGGCGGACAACAACAAGGUACUCCUGGAGGUAUAUUUGGCGGUCAGCAGCAACCAGCACAAGGACUCUUCGGCGGACAGCAACAGCAACCGCAGCAACAGGGCAUUUUCGGAGGCCAGCAACAGCCGCAGCAAAACGUAGGAGGACUCUUCGGAGGGCAACAACAGCAACAGCAACCAGGAGUAGGCCUGUUCGGAGGACAGCAGCAACAGCCUCAGGGAGGAGGAAUCUUCGGAGGAGGACAGCAGACCAACGCUGGCGGACUCUUCGGGGGAAACCAGCAGCAGCAAGGACAAGGACUCUUCGGAGGGCAAGCUCAGCAGCAACAACAGCCUGCUGGAAAUAACCUGUUCGGCGGAAACACCCAGCCUGCGGCACUGGCCUUUUCGGAGCUACCAGCAACAACGCCAACAACGCCUUCCUCGGUCAGCAGCAGCCACAGCAGCAAAACCCCUUCGGCGCCACUCCCGCAUUCGGAAACACCACUUCAAUCUUCGGAGGAGGCCAGCAGCAACAACAGCAAGCAGCCAAUCCUCUCUUCGGAGGCCAGCAGCAACCGCAGCAGACAAACACUGGCGGGCUUUUCAACACAUUCGCUCCCAACACCCAGCAGCCUCAGCAACAGCAAGCGGCGGGACAACCUGGGGGGUGCCUACCAACCUCAAUUCCUCUCCCUCCGUCGCCAAUACCAACUCGGUUGGCACUCAGGUCCAGCCAGUCAAGAGCAAGAACUCCAAGCUCGAUGCCAAGCAUCUCGUCAAGUGCAUCGCUGCUCUCGACCAGUUCAACGGACUCAGCAAGGAGGAAAUCAGGAUCAGCUUUGUCCAAAGCGGAGGACAGCAGCCUGCCAUCACCCAACAACCGGAGUGCAGACUGGCGGAUUUGGAGCAAAUACUGCUGGCUUCAAGCCAGUCACUGGCUUCGGCGCACAAACCUCCCUCCCUUCCUUCGGAGGCAUCACUAGCAACAACAACAUCGGCCAGACUGCUGGACUCUUCGGACAGGGCCAAAAUGCUGCCCAGAACGCAUUCGGUCAGCAGCAGGCAAAGCCAGCCUUCGGCGCCACCACUGCAACCACUGGAGCUUUCGGACAGGGAACCUCACUGUUCGGAGGACAGCAGCAACAGCAGCAGCAGGGCACCUCGCUCUUCGGAGGAGUAGCUUCACAGCCUCAGACAGCUACAACUGGCCUGUUUGGGCAGACUGCCGCCACUGGAGCCUCUCCACUCUUCGGACAGCAACCAACAGCGUUCGGACAACAGCCUGCUACAACCUUUGGACAGCAGCCUACCACAGCUUUUGGUCAGCAGCCAGCUCAAGCCACCACCUCCCUCUUCGGAGGAACUCAGCCAGCUCAGACUAGCCUGUUCGGUCAGACAGCUCAGCAGCCAGCCACUACCUCUCUCUUUGGGCAGACGCAGCCGACUUCUCUUUUCGGACAGACUCCACAGGCUACCACUUCGCUCUUCGGACAGCCACAGCAGCAGCAAACUCCCUCCCUGUUUGGGCUGCUCAGCCUGCCACUACUUCCCUCUUCGGAGCAGCUCCAGCCACCACCACGCCCCAACUCUAGAUCCGGCCUUGCAGGUGCUGCUUCCCCAGCUUCUGCUCACCUACGCACUCAACCAAGCGCUUCCCCAAGCCUCAUCCGACCCAGCCACCAAUCCCGCCUUAGAUUUGAUCAGCAAACUCAGCACCCUCGUCAACCAACUGCAGGGCAGCCAAAGCAACUACUCAGCCAGCAGCGCUCCCGCCUCCACUCCCUUCGACGAGUUCAUGAAGGAGGCAAGAAGCGGCUAUACCGACAAGCCAAAGAAGGAAAACGAAGUCUACUCUCUCUUCUCCGAUUUCGAGAAGGAACCCGGCUACUACUGGAUUCCCCCAGCUAUCCCGUAUACGAGCUCAAGAGAAAGCCCAAGGAGGACGAGACCAAGCCAGUUGAGUCCUUCCGCAUCGUCCCCAAGAAGCAGGAAUCCCUGCUGGGCAACGACAAGAGCAUGCGCCAGGUCUCCAAGAGCUACAGGAGCAGUUUGGAGGACGGGCGCAGGAAGAUCAACGUCUUCCUGGCGGACCUGCCGAAGGUGGGUGACUUCAACAUCUCGCCCUCCGUCGAGCACCUCAAGGACUACACUACUGAGCAGCUGCGCAAGGUCCCCAACGUAAAGAUCUGGAACAAGUUCGGCGAAAUUGAGUUCCUGGAGCCGAUUUCGCUCUACCGGGCCAACCUGGAGGCGGGCAUCGUGAUUUCCCGCGACAACAUCGAGAUCACCGACCGCGACCUGGAGGACAAGCGCAUGCGGAUGACCUUCCGCAACUUCGGCAACUACGCCAACCUCAAGGGCGAAGAACGCGAUAAGAUCGUGAAGCGCAUGCGCAAGUGGAUCGCCAAGUACGACAUGCGCGAAGUCAACCACGACGAAGAAACUGGAGACCUUGUUGUAGAGGUGACAAUUGAUUACACCCACAUAUCAUCAUUAUCAUAUCUAACAACCUAUUUAGUCUCUAUAUCUUAG